AUGGAGAAGUUUUCUCCAACUCGAGGAUCACCAUCGGAGCAGCUUACUGCCUUCAAUCCGAUGGGGUAUGAGGCUUUUGCUCAUCGAACAAACCCUGACCCGUUCACUGGAAUGGCCACAAUCCGUCCGACUGGUGAUCCGUUUGCCGGUUGGCCCAAUGAAGGGUCUGCGCGCGUUCUCCCUCAAACGUCCACUGCAAGCUCCUAUCCAGCACCAGCUGCCGACCAUGCGAACAGCACCACCAAUGAGUCCCAGUACUCGUCUGUUUCGCCUCAGCUGACUCGCACAGCUAAUGCAGCGCGCGCCUCAAUCGGCCCAUUCCAGUACUCAUCUGUCUCCCCUCAUGUGUCUCCUACAACCUCUGGCCCUGGUGGAAUGCGAUACUCGCCUUCCCGGGCCCAGGCAUCCCGGUCGCUGGAGCAAAUGCAAUACUCGCCAACUCACACUCAGACGUUGGGAGCAUCACAGUACCCACUCUCUCCUGUUCAGACAGCUAUUGCCAACGCUCGGUACUCGCCAUCCCGUGAAGAUAUUAGUUAUGAAUACAGUCCGACCCCGGAUUUCAUAUCUAGCUUGCUCGCAACCAUUCACGAUCCCUCGGCUGCCACCUCGACUAAUGCAUUGACCCACAUCUCCCCCGAUAACCAAGCUGGUCGCGCCACUCGCACAACCGGCCUGCCCUCGCGAUCCCUCUCCGGUGGAAGUCAGGAUGUUAGUGAAAAACAUCGAAGCUUUAUCGUGCACCAGGUUCCUACCGACACCCCACACCGCUCCAUUGUUAUGAUGUUUCCGAUCAAUGAAUAUCCUUCCAUUGAGGAUGUUUGUCUCAAGCACGUUGAGGCUAGGGGCGUGUUUUCUGUUGCGUUUGGCGACCUUCGAGAGGCCAUCCGCGCCAUGAACAAGCUUCGCCAAACUCGUCCGUCGUGGCGCGUCUUCUCGGCCAGUUGUGAAGAAAUUGCCAAUUUCAAUAUGACCGCUGGAUCCGCUCGCUCUGUCUCUGUUCCUCAGGAUGGUGUAUUCCUGCUUUCUGUGUACACCAUCCCAAGCCAGUGGCUCAUGGAACCCAUGGAAGAUAUUGUUAAACACGUGCUCUCUUCGCUCGGCACCUUGCGUUCUUGCAAGCUUAUCGAGAACGGAACAAACAUGAGUCGGUACCAGGUUGAAUAUUUCAACAAGCGUCAUGCGGCUUAUGCUUUUUCCUGCCUCGGUGGGUUUAGGCUCGAUAGUCUUCAUUUCAAUGUCUCUAUUCCUGUAGAGGAAGACAUACCUACACCGUAUCACCUUCGAACCACCAGCUUUGGCUCCCCUCAGAGCCCUGUGACCCCGUAUCAUCUCGUGUCCAAGGAGAACGAGAUCGAGGAGCAGAUCGAUAUUUCUCCAGUUUCUGAGGCGGGUAAGACGAGUGCAGAGCAUGCUAUUAGUCUCGACCGAAUCAGGCAAGGACUAGAUGUCCGCAGCACUGUCAUGAUCCGCAAUAUUCCCAACAAGAUAACCUCGGACCAGUUGAAGAGCAUCCUCGACGAGUCCAGUUAUGGGAAGUAUGACUUCCUCUACCUGCGCAUGGAUUUCAACCAUCGUUGCAAUGUUGGUUAUGCGUUUAUGAACUUCGGUGAUCUCGUGCACGCUCGAGAGGGCAAGACUUGGCCCGACUGCAUCUCCGAGAAGAGGGCUGAGGUUUCUUAUGCCACACUGCAAGGCAAAGAGGCUCUCGUGAACAAGUUCCGGAACAGUAACGUUAUGACACGGCCUCACGAAGAGCGACCUCGACUUUUCCAUAUCGACGGCCCUCGUGCAGGCAGCGAAGCGGCUUUCCCCGGCCCCAAUGAUGCCAGUAAGCUGCGUCGUUCGGUUGCUAGCACCACUCAGCAAGGCCUCUUUGCACCACGGAACCGAGCUCCCAGUACGCCUCGCACCAACCGUACGCGUCCCCAAUCCCAGUCCUUCAGCCAGACUCCACGAGGUCGUCAGUCAAUCCGUACUCCCCGGCAUUCUGGCGGACGCUCGGUCCAGCAUGCCCCUGGCGAAUUUGCUUCGAUGCAGGAAGAGGACCGCCGCUUCAUCUCGAAGAGAAAUUAA